AUGGCUUCCACACCUCACUCCACGCGGUACCUGCCCUCGUCACCGCGGGUCACACCUCGAAACCUCCCCGAUCCUCCUCAUCCGCCGUCCGGCCCUCGCCCUGAAGCCCCAUCCACGCCGGCCUCGUCAGGAGUGGGCACCAAGGACCAUGCACAACAGCCUUUGCUACCGCUACCAGCACUAUCCAUUGCUCCGCUGAGAACACCAUCGUCGCGUCCCAGACAGCCUCCUUUGCCUCCUGUUGCGGAAGGCGACGCGCACCUGCUGCGAGAUGUUCGCAAUCCUCUCCCAGGAGACUCCCCUCUAAGAGGACGUGGCUCGGGUCCCGGGCUGUCGAAGCAGCGCAGCAAUUACUUUGACAAGGUCUCUGGCGCAAACGGGGAUACUCGUCAGGGCACAGCCGUCGUGGUAGCGGAGGUGAAGACCAACGUAUUUGUACAAGAUGAAAUGGCCUUUUUGAAAGCCCUCAGUGACCAUCUGAGCACCCGCUACGCUACGCCGCUCGAAAGCAUAGCCGUCCACCUGGUCCACGGGACGUGUCUGCUCCUCGGGGGCACAUUUGACCCUGCGUACAUUAUCUCGAUAGGCACGCUUCCCCGUCUCCUUCAGACGGCGACGAACAAACGAAACGCGGCGCUCCUCCAAGAGAUGAUGAAGGACUUGUGGGAGGUGAGCGCGGAAAGAGGGGUGGUGCGCUACGUCCCCGUGGCGGAGGACUGUCUCGCCCGGGGUGGCGAGAUACUGGACAGCGUCGCCGCAGAAGACAAUGAGGAUCGGGAUGACGAGGCGAGGCUUGUUAGGAGAAGGACGACGGGAGGCAGGCUUGGGAGGUUCAAGGCUAAAAGUCCGCCACCCAUGCCCCGUCUACCGGCAGGAGUGUACGGUCAGGAGGAGGCUGGGGCCGCAACGCGGGCCAAAAGGGAGACGAAACAGGCAACAAAUACGGUACCGUCGGGAGAAAAGGGGCUGAGGCACAAGAAGAGCUUCAAACUUGUGCAUUCAAUCUUUCGGAUGCCGUCGAGGAAGGGGGCGGUAAAUAAGGACGAAAGCAUAAAAACUCAAAGCGGUACGACCGAGCAGUAG